AUGCCAGAAAUUAUUAGAUUUAAUCCCAAUAAACAACACUAUGGCACCACCACUUUGAUAACUGGUUAUGCACUUUGCUCAAGCUUACUCGCAGUAAUCAAUAAAUUCGCCAUUACCAAAUUCAAUUACCCAGCUUUAUUAACAGCAUUACAAUACUUAACUUCAUCAUUUGGUGUUUGGGUUUUAGCCAAAUUCAAUCUUUUACACCAUGAUCCCUUCAAAUUCCCCAUAGCCAAAAAAUUCUUCCCUGCCGCCAUUGUUUUUUACCUCGCUAUCUUCGCUAACACCAACCUUUUACGCCACGCCAAUGUCGAGACAUCCAUUGUGUUCCGAUCUUUAACACCCCUUUUGGUCGCCGUCACCGAUACGGCCUUUAGAAAGCAACCGUACCCGGCAAAACUGACAUUCGUGUCUUUGUUCAUCAUUUUAGGCGGCGCCGUCGGGUACGUCGUGACGGAUAAGGGGUUCACUUUGGUUGCGUAUUUAUGGGCGUUUGUUUAUUCGAUGACGAUAACUGUCGAGAUGGUUUACGUUAAACAUAUGGUGAUGAACCUUGGGUUGAAUACUUGGGGGUUUGUGUUUUACAAUAACUUAUUGUCGUUGAUGAUAGCACCCUUUUUUUGGGUUUUGAGUGGGGAAUGCGGUGAGCUUUUCUCCUCCGAGAGUGGCGGCUGGGAUCGGUUAGAACCGGUGGCGUUUGUUGCUGUGUGUUUGUCUUGUUUAUUUGGUUUGCUUAUUAGUUUCUUUGGAUUUGCAGCUAGGAAAGCAAUCUCUGCGACUGCAUUUACUGUCACCGGUGUGGUUAAUAAGUUUCUUACUGUUUUGAUCAAUGUAUUGAUUUGGGAUAAACAUGCUACUCCAAUUGGCUUGGUUUGUCUCCUUUUCACAUUGGCAGGUGGGGUUCUUUAUCAGCAAUCCGUUACCAGUCCGAAACCAGUAGCAUCGGUCCUGGCGCGACGAUAA